AAGAAGAAGAAGACGUAAACAUCAACACGGAAGUGGAAGCGCGACCAUCACACAAAUUGGUUCUAUAUUUAUUUAUUAUUCCAACAGUGUGAUCGUCAGAAUUAUUAUGCUGUGUCUGCACCAAAGGAGUGUUAUAUGAAUUUAAAUAGAUUCAAGUGAGUGAUGGAGGGCUCCAAGACAUCGAGCACGACGAUGCAGGUUAGCUUUGUUUGUCAGCGGUGCUGCCAACCUCUCAAGCUGGACACGUCCUUCAAUGUACUGGACCGGGUCACCAUCCACGAACUGAUUGCUCCACUGGUGACUGUAACCCCAAGCAAACAUGCGGAAUGUGGUGACGGAGACACAACAGAGGAGACCUUUGCAGAAAAUAAGCAAGAUGGCGUGUCAAGGAAAUACAUCCCCCCAGCACGCAGGAUGAUGUCGACAGAGAGCGCCAACAGCUUCACGCUGAUCGGAGACACUUCAGAUGGAGGCACCAUGGAAAACCUAAGCCGCAGACUCAAGGUGACGAGCGACCUGUUUGACAUCAUGUCCGGUCAGACGGAUGUGGACCACCCGCUUUGCGAGGAAUGCACAGACACGCUUUUGGACCACCUGGACACGCAGCUCAACAUCACCGAGAAUGAAUGUCAGAAUUACAAGCAGUGCCUGGAGCUCCUGUCGCAGCUGCCAGUGGAGGAUGAGGAGACGCUGCUGGGCGAGCUGGAGCAUCUGAAGGAGGAAGAAGCAGCGCUCGUGCAGCAGCUGGAGGCCGUGGAGGAGCAACGCGCAGCCGUGGCCCAGGAGCUGACGCAGAGCCGGGGACAGGCCCAGCAGUUGGAGACGGAGGAGCUGCAGUACCAGAAAGAGUACAGCGAGUUCAAACGUCAGCAGCUGGAGCUGGACGACGAGCUGAAGAGCGUCGACAACCAGAUGCGUUACUGCCAGAUCCAACUGGAUCGGCUCAAGAAGACAAACGUCUUCAACGCCACUUUUCACAUCUGGCACAGCGGCCAGUUCGGCACCAUCAACAACUUUCGUCUGGGUCGACUUCCCAGCGUGCCGGUGGAGUGGAACGAGAUCAAUGCGGCCUGGGGGCAGACAGUGCUGCUGCUGCACGCGCUGGCCAACAAGAUGGGGCUGCGCUUUCAGAGGUAUCGCCUGGUGCCCUAUGGAAAUCAUUCCUACUUGGAGUCCCUUACAGACAAAUCAAAGGAACUUCCGUUGUACUGUUCGGGGGGCCUGAGGUUUUUCUGGGACAAUAAGUUUGACCACGCGAUGGUGGCCUUCCUGGACUGCGUGCAGCAGUUCAAAGACGAGGUGGAAAAAGGCGACACUGGCUUCUGUCUUCCAUACAGGAUGGACGUGGAGAAGGGCAAGAUUGAGGACACGGGCGGCAGCGGCGGCUCGUACUCCAUCAAGACUCAAUUCAACUCGGAGGAGCAGUGGACCAAGGCGCUCAAGUUCAUGCUCACCAACCUCAAGUGGGGGUUGGCCUGGGUCACCUCGCAGUUCUACAACAGAUAAAUUAAGAAACGCCACGGAGGCGACACAUGCUGAUGGAACAGUGUUGGAGAAGGCCUACCUUGUGCUUUUGCCCGAGAUGUUCUUUCCCCAGAUUUGAAUGUCAAACUUUCUUAAAGCUGUACCACUACUUUCAUUCUUUCACUUAUUAUGGUCACAAAAUUCCAGGAAUUUAAGUUGACACUUUUCAUGGAACUUAACAGGAAUUUGUGGGAGUAAAUGUGACUCAAAUUUGAAUGGAGAAAACUGAAAGUUGGUUCAUUAAUAAGGAACUUAAAUUUAGAAAGGGUAUUAUUCACAAAACUUGGUUUCAAGGAGCUAUGCUGAAAGUUAGGCUUUAGUGUUUUGUCGCCCUCUUGUGGCAACUAACUGGGGUGGUUUACUGGCAGAUUGUUGCGGUUUGUUCCUACUAGUUAAUAUUUGACGAGUGCUUUUUGGUAUUUUUUUUUAUGCUUCAAGUAUGAGUUCAAAAAUAUGGAGCAAUUAAAGUACUGUAAUGCCAUUGCAUGUGGGCAAGGAGACACAAUUAUGAACACAAUUCUACUUUCAUCCAAAUUUCCCGUUGAUGACCAUAACUUCUAACCUCCCAUGGAAAUGUACUGUAAAUCUUCCAACCCUUUGUAACAUUUUGUACAGGUAGAACAGUUUGGUUGGUGUCAUUAAAGCAGGGCUUGCCCAAAAAAAAAAUUAAACCCGCAUCAUGCUCCUAAA